AUGCGUUUAGUCACAGCCUGGAGUCCAGUGUUCUGCCUGAGCCUGUGUCUGUCACUGGUUGAAGCUAAGUUCUACAGACCAUUCCAGUUCCACCAGUACGCCCAGGGAAAACCCACCAGCAGACACAAUUUCUGUCCCCUGUCUUACAGAAACCACUGUGCCUACGUCACAGAAAAGACUGUUUCCUUCACUGUUCAGGAUGGAGCAGCUCCUUAUGUCAAAGCAGAGUACAACAAGUGUUCCUGGGGUCAGAAAUGUCCAGCUCUAAUGUAUCGACUGAUGUACAAACCAAUCUACAAGGUCGCACAUAAAACUGUGACGGAGCUGGAAUGGCGCUGCUGUCCGGGGUAUUCUGGCUAUGGCUGCAUGGAGGGUCCACCAGUUUACCAACACCCAAUGAAAAUAAUGCCACCAUUCAAGGGCCCACCAAUGAAAGGCGUACAGUCUAAGGGGCCACCUUACAAAGGUCCCAUGUUCAAGGGACCCAUGUUUAAGGGACCGCCCAUACACACUCCCAUGAAAGGAACCCCGUGGGGUCAACCCCAAGGACCGGCUCCGGGCGGUUUCAUCUCUAAUCCAAUGCCUCACUUUGGGCCUCCCAGCUCCUCCACCUCCUACCCAGAGAACUCCUUCGAGUCUUUUUCACCAGAGUCAGAGCCGGAACCAAUGCCAGAGCACCUGGAGCCACAUGACACAGAGGAGGACCACGAGCACCAGCUUCAGCCAAGUCAACAACCUGAGGAACAACUACUAGAAGAAACACCUGCUCCUUCCUCUGGAAGUGAACAGCCUGAGGCUGAAAACAUAGGGCGAACUCUAGACCGCGAGACAGAAGAGCGGAUAUUUCGUAUCGAAGAAGAAGUUGGACGUCUAAACCAGGGUCUGGACACACUGAGGGAAACUGUGAAUGGGCUGGAGGACAGUCUCCGAACCUCACUGCGUGAAGACGCCAACAGAAUGUUGUCGGCUCUGCUCUCUGCUGCCCCCGGACCCGUUCCUGCGCCACCUGUAGCCUCUAGUCUGUCCACUGUAGGUUUUGGGGAGAUUCCUGGGGGAAGUGAAGAGACAGUGGGUGUCGAUGGCAGACAAGUGUUUACAGGCUUCACCGAACUGAUUGAAAGUGUAGAAGAGCUCAGGGCAGAGGUGGAGGCAAGAACCACAGAGCUGCAGGAACUGAAAGAAACAGUAACGGGUCACGAUAGACAGCUGAAGACGAUGUCGAACUCCUUCGCAGUGGUCGACUCUGAAUUAAAUGGCAAUGUUACCGAGGUCAGUAUUGAGGAGCUCGUGGAUUCCAAGAUGAAUACAGUCAGAGCAGGAAUCCUUGAUGGGUUUGAAAAGCCUGUGGAAACUACAGAGAGCAGAUGUGAAGACAAAGCUGGAGAUGUGCGUCGUCAGUGCCAGAGAGAGCAGGGUGAAAUCCAAGAACAGAUCGGGGAUUCUCUACGUGGAAGCACCGAGGACCUAAGAACAGACCUAAGAAAUCUCCAGACACAGAUUUCUGAUUUAAAAGCCAACAACAUCUCCUGUGAAUGGGUCAGUGGACUGCUUGAUAGGGUUGAGCAGCUAGAAACAUCAGUGGCAGGACUCAACCAGUCCCAGAGGCACCUGAGAGUCGAGCUAGGUGGACACAAGGACCACAUUGAGGGAAUUCUGGAGGGGCGUCUGGGUUAUGUCGAGGAUAAACUAAACCUGACCGGGCAAAUGAAAAGUUAUGAGACUGAAAGGAAAAGUGAGGAGCUAACAGAUCAAGGACUAGAGGCCAAAAUGGAGAUCAAGAUUAGAGCUCUGGAGGGUCGUAUACUGACAGCUUUGGAAGGACUAGGUAAUGCUACUGCCCCCGCUCUGCUGGAGGGUCAUGCCGUCCCCACCCUAGAGACAGAACUGGACUCCAUCAGAGAAAGACUAGAGGUGGACGUGGACAGAGUGCAGAAACAGCUGACCAACCUUGAGCUUCGCUGCUCAUCUUCUUGUUCCUCGACUGAGAGCCCGUCCAUCGUACAGGGAGACUCCGCUGAACCCAGUGCUGUGCUGGCCGGGGAACUGAAUACAAAGGAUGUCCUGGACCUGCAGGACGACCGUUUGAACACUCUCAAUGUCACGCUGCAAAACAUCCUGCAGCGUCUGAGCCAAAAAGACCAGCUGGAAGAAGCACAAGGUCCACCCGUCCAAGGAGAGAUCACGAUCCUCAGGUUUAAUGUUCGGUCAGUCAACCGCACACUGAAAGGCCUCCAGACUUCCCUGGGAACAGUCAUCAACCAGAUAGGUCAAGCCAAUAACUCCUGGCACGAGAGAGAGUCCCGUCUAGCCCAGCAGAUAAAGGGUGUGGUGCAGCUGGUCGGACAUCAAGCGUCCAUGUUGGGGGCAGGUGAGCGCCGACUCACCCGCCUUAGAGGGGAGUUGAUCGAGAUGAAGCGGCGUCUAGCAGAGGAGGUACGCGGCUGCAGGAGCACUGCCAUGGGAGUCCAAAAGGAGGUGUCAGAGGUCAAUGGGCGCGUUGCCACCGUAGAGGACCAGUGCAAAGGUCUGAAUUAUCUCGCCGACGACCUGGAGAGAAUUCGGGAGGAGCUGGAGAAACAGUCCAGCGGGCUUCUCCUGCAGGUGAACGGGACUCUCUCCAGUCAUGCCCAGCAGCUGUCUGAGUUGAAGGGUGAACUCAGGAACUGCACUGAAAAGCCAGAGCCAACACUGCAAGGUUUUGAACUAGAGGCAGCACCAAGACGAGGGGACACGUUCACUUUGGACUAGUUCAACUCCUACGGACCAUAGAUUGUAAAAAAUGAAAUAAAAAAGAAAUAAAUAAAAAAAGGGAAGAAUAAAAAUCAUCUGCUGAUGUAGUGACGUCCACUAAAUAGCCAUGGAGUGGUUUAAUUGUGAAAUACAAAGUUGUAUAAACCUGCACUGAAACAUUGUCAAUGUUAUUGGCAGCUAAUUCUGACUGCAUCCCUGACCAAUAACACGUAUCAUAGAAGGUGCUACGAUGAACUGUUUGCUUUGGUGGACAUUGAUAUUUCGGCCCAGUGAUUAAAGAAACAGCAUACUGCACCUUACUGUACUGUAUUUAUGAAGCAUAUGACACAUACUUAUACACGGUGUUUACAUGAUUAGGGUUGUGUAUUGAUCUUUCUUAUGUCUAGAUUAGGAGUAUUUAAAUACUAUGUUUUAUAUAGUUUCUGUACCUGAACAGUGAUACAAAGU